AUGAGUGGGAAAGAGCCGUUCACGCUGAGGUGGGGUAUCCUGGCGACGGGAGGAAUUGCGAAAAAAUUCACGACCGACCUCCUCAUCCCGCCCUCCACCCGCUCCGUCACCGACAUCCAGCACGUCCUCUCCGCCGCCGCGUCCUCGACCUCCGUGUCGCGGGCCCAGGAGUUCCUCACCUCGGUCAACGCGCCCGCAUCUGCAAAACCCCACGGCUCGUACGCGGCCCUCGCAGCAGACCCCUCCGUCGACAUAAUCUACAUCGCGACGCCGCACUCGCACCACUACGCGAACGCGCGGCUGUGCCUCGAAGCGGGGAAAUCCGUCCUCUGUGAGAAGCCGUUCACUGUGAAUGCGGCGCAGGCGGAGGUGUUGGUCAGGAUUGCGAGGGAGAAGGGGGUGUUUCUGAUGGAGGCGGUCUGGACGCGGUUUUUCCCGAUUGCGAGGGAGAUUAGGGGGUUUGUGGCGGGUGGGGGGCUGGGCGAGGUGAAGAGGGUAUGGGCAGAUUUGAGCUUUUGGAAUGAUGUUGAGAGGGAGUUUGGGGAGAAGGGGGAGCAUAGGAUGGUUAAUAUGGAUUUGGCGGGUGGGGCGUUGCUGGAUUUGGGAAUAUACUCCCUGACAUGGAUAUUCCAAAUCCUCUAUCACAUCCAGCCGCCGUCGUCAAGGACGGCCCCGAUCACAGCGUCCGCAAUCACGAAAUACCAUCUGACGGGCUGUGACGAGACGACUUCAGUGCUCCUGACAUUCCCGUCGACGGGCGCGCAGGGCAUCGCCACGACAUCUAUCCGCGUGUCGUCGGCAGCGACGUCGGCACCAACGGACCCCGUACGCAUACAGGGCACACAUGGUGACUUGACGGUCGCUUUUCCGCCGUACCGACCCUGGCAGUAUACGCUGUCUCCUGCGGAGUCAGCUUCGAGGGGCAAGCUUGCGGAUUGGGAUGCCCAAACGGUGGAGAGGGAGAUUCCGGGAGGGGGGAUGGGUAUGUUCUGGGAGGCGGAUGAGUGUGCGAGGUGUAUUCGAGAUGGGAAGCUGGAGAGCGAGGUCAUGGGUUGGGAGGAGAGUUUGGAGAUCAUGAGGGUCAUGGAUAAGGUAAGGAAGGAUGGGGGUGUGAUUUAUAGUGAUGAGUUGGAGAGCGUCAAGUAUCCUUAA